GGGGGUGUGGUGCGGUGGCUGGCUGUGGUGGUGGCCAGAGAGAGAGAGAGAGAGAUGGAGAAGGAGAGAGUGGGGUUUGAUUUCAAGAAAGGGGGCAGGUCCAGGUCCAGGUCCAUCCCAGCAUUUCCUCUGUGCCCAACUCCCAAAGGAUGUAAUGGAACUGAUGGGAGGCCAGAAGUGGUUCAAAUUAAAUCGUUGAUGGGAAUUCAUGAUUUUCUGCCUUCUGAUGAAGUUGAUUAUGGGAAAUCCUUUAUAAGUGUGGCUUCAAUUCCUCUUUCUUACACAGAUCCAUAUCAUAGGGGGUUAUUGCCUGCUUAUGGGCCACAUGCUAUGGUUCAUCAUCCACAAAUGCUGGGAUGGGAACCUGCAAGAGUGCCACUGCCUCUUGGUCUUGCACAGGACGAGCCCACGUACGUCAACGCGAAACAAUACCGUGCAAUUCUUAGGCGGAGACAACACCGUGCCAAGCUUGAAGCUCAAAACAAACUACCAAAAGCUAGAAAGCAGCCCUAUCUCCACGAGUCCCGGCACCUUCAUGCAUUAAAGAGGGCUAGAGGAUCUGGUGGAAGAUUUCUCAACACAAAGAAGCUAGAACAAUUCAAAGGUGCUGGCAGAACCAACAGCCAAGAUAGAUCUGCCUCCUCGGUUCAUCUCCAUUUGACCUCCAACAUGUCAGAACCCGAAAUCCCCAGUUCAACAACGUCCAACGGUGAUAAUGUCUUUAUCUUCCAGCAGCAGCCAGAAUUCAAGUUCUCUGUGUACCCCUCUCGCAUUCUUAGGGUAACGAAUGCUAUCAUCUUUCGAUCAAGCGGUGAGAGGUGAAGCAAGGGAUUGUUUUUUGGGCGAGUAUAGUGAUGAAAUAGGGAAGUCAUCCUUGGCUCUGUACUGUAGUAGUAGUAGUAGUUGUUGUUGUGCUUUGUUAUGUUUUAUAGCUUUUGCUGCUGAGACUGAAAGCAACAUGUGUGGUGUGGUGUGGUGUGGUGUGGGUUACAACUUACCGCUGGCGGUUCCUCUUCACUUGCUAUUUUGAAGUCAUGAUUUUAAGCAAGUGACAAGGGACCAAUUAAUUUGCUCUGUUUUGUCUUUUGUCAGACUGGGAAGGCUGAAAUUUGUUGUAACUUUCGCCUGCCUUGGUGGGUUUACAUUUCAAAUUCUAUCAUUUGC